AUAGGCAGCCAAAAGACAGAUAGGGAGAGGGGAGGGCCCCACUCCAUGGCUAUGCUGAUAGGGCAGUUAAGUUCUAGUAGCGUAGGAGGAGCUUCCUAACCCAUAGCCAUAGGUAUCAUCAAAAAUAUAUUUAAGGUAAUUGUGGAAUAAUGUUAUGGGGGUGAAUCAAAUUUUAGGUAGAAAUUAAAAAAAGAAAGAAGAAGAGAGAGUUAAAAAUGGACUUUGAAACGAUAUACAUGGCAUUGGCAAGAUGGAGAUGAGCAGUGAAGAUGGGCAUCUGUGGGCCGUCGAUAACUUUGGCGUUGGCGUAGGAUUCUCACUUCAUUACACGUGCUCCGCUUCCUGCAUCUACUCCUCUCUUUUGCAUCCUGCAUGGAUUUCUCCUCCAAACGUAGAGAGAGAGAGAGAGAGAGAGAGAGAGAGUAUAAACCGCUCUGCCUUUUGAUUUUUCUCCUUGGCUGGUUCAUCGCCAUCAUUAGCUACCAAGCCAACUGACCCAUCUCUUCAAAUUUGAUCUUUUCUUCAUUCUUCAACUACCCAUAAACUAGCACUGAGAAAGAGGCAGAGAGAGAGAGAGAAGCUCAAGCUAUUCACUGACCCUUUCUCUGUCUCUGCUUCAGAUCUUGCUUUUCUUCCACUAGAAUUCAACGAAAUCUGAGAAGGGUUUCUCCUCAAAACUUGUAAUCCACCUUCGUUUCCACCUUUGAAUCCAGUUUCUGAUCUGGGUGUUUCCUCUGUUUCAUUACCAUUUUUGUAACUUUCAUGAGAUCGAGACUGUAACUUUUUUUUUUUUAAUUCUUUCGACUUCCCAAAUCAGAUUCAGAUUUUCCUAGGCUUAAUCCGAUCUGGGUUUUUAUUAUUUUGUGUUGAAUUCUAAUUCUGAUCAAUGGGAGAAGAUCAAGAGCUGAAACAUAUCUGCAAGUUCUGCAACAAGAGCUUCCCUUGUGGCCGAUCAUUAGGUGGCCAUAUGAGGUCUCAUGUCAUAAACCAGGCGACUGAAACCGACGAAAAGCUCGCCAAGAAGAAGCCCAACAGUGGCGGAACCAAUGCCAAUUACGGCCUCAGAGAGAACCCCAGGAAAACCUCCAGAUUUGCAGAUUCAAAUGAAGAUUCUUUGCUUGAUGACAAAUUCUGCAAGGAAUGCGGGAAAGGUUUCCAGUCAUGGAAGGCCUUGUUUGGCCACAUGAAGUGUCACUCGGAGAGAUUCCUUUGGAAUAGUGUGGAGGAAGAUGAGAUCACUGACAACCAAUCUAACAAUGAAACUGCAACUCCAAACAGGAAGAAAAAGAGAUCAAGGAGAGUGACAAGGUACACGGGUAAUUCUUCUUCUUCAUUUUCUAUGGCUAAUAAUGCUGCUUCUUCAUCUGUUUCUGAGAUUGAGCAAGAGCAAGAAGAGGUCGCCAUGUGUUUGAUGAUGCUUUCUCGAGAUGUGGGGAAUAAGGGGAUUGGUUUGAAUAAUUCUGUGACUGAAUCUUCUGAUAACAAUUUUGAGCUGCUUGAAGCUGGAUCAUCAUCAAUUCUAAGCAAUCCAAUUGGUAAAACCAAGGGCAAGAAUUCUCUGAAGAAGUUGGAGCUCAGUAUUUUGGAGUCUCAAAAUUCACAGUUUGAUGCAAAAAGUGGGUCUAAACUGAGCAACCCAAGUGUUUGUUUUAAUGGUUCAGUGGGAAAUGGUAAGGCAAAGAAGAAGGCUAGAGUAGAAGCUGAAUUGGGGGACAGUCGACUGGUGGAUCUAUCCGAGUUUGGGUCGAGGAAGGAAUUAAGGAUUAUCGCGUCAAAGAAACUGGGUUCGGGUGAAAGGUUUGAGUGUACUACUUGUAAAAAGAGCUUCCACUCCUACCAAGCUCUGGGAGGCCAUAGAGCCAGCCACAAGAAGAUGAAAGGCAGCUGCUUUGCUUCGAAAAUCGACAGCAGUGACAACAAUAGCAUUGAGACUGAGAUUUCCCCUGCCCAAAUUGCUGAGCAAGAAUUGGUUGUUGAACCAAAGAAGAACAAGGCACAUGAAUGCCCAAUUUGCCUCAAAGUGUUCUCAUCAGGCCAGGCUCUUGGUGGCCACAAGAGAUCACACUUGAUUGCUGGCUCUGAGGCCAAAACCAGCCAAACUGGCCUCAUUCAGAAGCCAAUGGCAGAGAUCAGAGACCUUCUUGAUCUGAAUCUGCCUGCUCCAGUUGAAGAAGAAGGCAGUGGGCUCGAUGGGUUCAAGCCAUGGUGGAUUUCAGGCAGCCACAAGCACGAGCCGCUCGUCGGUUUGAUCUCUAACUGAUCCUAGUUCAUCUUCAUCACAGAUUCAAGAGUGUACAGAUUCAUUCAUUCUUUAGCAAUUUCCAGUUGCUGCUUAUUCACAGGUCUACAAGCAGUUUGAUCUAUUGUUUUUUUGCAUUUGUUACUUAAUCCUUUGUUAAUUCUUAGAACAAGAAUCCCAAAUUCUGUCAAAACUUAAGCUUAUUCAUAUGCUUCUUAUCUCAAAAAAGUCUUUCACUGCAAUUGAAUCAGAGCUCUACAUAUGCUUGCAGUUCUUGUUGGGAUUUUUAUUUAGUGGGCCGUUAUUAAUU